UUUCUAAAAAUUUUAAUAAAAAUUUUUAGGCUUUCUUUUAUUCGUCCAAACGUCGUUUUUGAUGUAUUGCCGAAAUCCUCGUUGCAAUUUCGCAGAAUUAUUUCGCAUUUUCAAGGAAUUUAUCCAAAUGGAUCUGGAAUAAUCUUCUGCAUGUCAAAAAAAGAAUGUGACACGGUUACAGAUAUGGUUGGAGGUGCUCUCCCCUAUCAUAUGGAUUUGCCUGAUUCAGUUCGUAAUGAAACACAACGACGUUGGGAAAAGAAUGAAGUUAAAAUUCUUUGUGCGACUAUAGCUUUUGGCAAGACAGUCAACAAAGCAAAUGUCCGUUUUGUUAUUCACCACACAUUACCUCAAUCUUUGGAGCAAUACGAAAGGCAAUGUGCUUUAGCUGGAACAGAUGGCCAACUUUCCCAUUGUACUCUUCUUUAUAGCUUUAAUGACCAUUUACGUGUACUUCGUCUGAUAAAAGAAGAUAUUCCAAAACCUCCGCCAAAUGUUAUGGCUAUGAAGGAAGGCUCUUUGAAAAAUGUUCUUCGUUAUUGUGAGAAUGUGGCUGAAUGUAGACGAAAGAAGCUGGCUGCGGCUUUUGACGAGAAAUACAGUGCCGAGCAAUGUAUUGCAACCGCUGGUCCCUGUACAAUUUGCGAAGCUUUAAUGGAUGGAAAACAACCUUUAAAACUUUAUGAUUUUACUGGGGAAGCGCUCGCUGUCUUCGCCUCAAUGAGAAUGCUUCGUAAUACUUGUAUAAGCUACAUGGCUGAUAUCUUUCGAGGAUGUUUAACUAAAAAACGUGUUAAACAAACGAUGGAUGAUAACAGUCACGGACGUUUGCCUUUUUUCGGUCUGGGGAGUGGUCUCACUGAUACCGAUUGUCAACGUUUCAUGCAAAAGCUUGUAAUUGAUGACUAUUUGUAUUUGAGAUUGACCAGCACUAGACAUAUGACUGUUAUUGGAUAUGCUGCUUUGGGAAAGAAAGGAUCUAAUUUACUUAAUAGAUACAAACAACAGGAGAAUGUACCUCCAAAUGAACGAGUAGCCCCUGCAGAACUAGAAGAUUUACUUCUUUCACAUCCAGAUAUUGAAGAUUGUGCUGUUGUUGGAAUAUCAGAUCCUAUGUCUGGGGAAUUACCUUUUGGAUUUGUUGUUAAAAAAGAGUGGAGCUCUCUUUCAGAGAAAGAUGUUCAAGAAUUUGUUAAAAUUAAAGCUGUCUAUUAUAAACAUUUAAAGGGAGGAGUUGAAUUUAUCGAUAAAAUUCCAAAAAGUCCAUCAGGCAAAAUAUUAAGAAGAUUACUCAGAGAAAGACUUAAAAAUAAUAAUAAUAAAUUAAUUUCAAAAAUUUGA